GCUCCGUACAUUAUUUUUCAUCAAAACCGUUUGCUGACAUUUGCCACCAGGAGGGGCUUCCGAACACAAUACACCCGACAACUUCUAUCUGCCACAAACGAAGCCUUGUACUCUUCCAGCCGACGAUCCUGUUCUCCGAUCCGUUCCAAAAGCACCAAGGCAUUCGAGGCUUCCGUUCAUGAACCGGGGGUUCUGGCACCUCGUCCUGUUUGUCGCAACAGYGUGUGCGGGCAUAGGCUCUAGCAGCAGCAGAAACAAAACCGCAAUCCCCGCACCGCUGGUGGCGUUGAUGAUUGCAACGAGGGCAGCGUCUGCAAUGAGGACCGCUUCGACCGCCCUCCGCCGCAGCCCCCGGCUCCGGGGCCUCUCGAAGGCCGGCGCGAGUCCCUCCGUGGCAGCGGCAGCGGGACGCGAUCCCGAUUUUUCGCCGCCGCCGGCAAAGAAAACGAAGCGGACCCGAUCGGCGGCUGCGGCAAAGAAAACGAAGCGCUCCCGAUCGACGGCUGCUUCCGGAGCGACACCGGCUUCCGGGGAGGSAGAAAAAAAACGGGGCGCCACCAAAAAGACGAAAAAGGCAGGGGCAAAAACGACGAGUGCCCGGGGCAAAACAAAAGAGUCUCCCGCRUCCGCCGGUUCCGCCCGGGGCGGGGCGGAUUGCCUUCCGCGCACCGAAGAAACGAGGYUGCUCUCCGAGACGCAAGCGAGCGGAAGCAAGCUGCGGCCCGGUGGGCACGCGGUGCGCUUCGUGAUGGGGGUCGACGAAGCCGGGAGGGGCCCGCUGGCGGGACCCGUGGUAGCGGCCGCGGCGAUUGUUCCCGUGGACCUGGACGGGAUCACCGACAGCAAAAAGAUCACCAGAGAGGAGCAGCGGGAAGACCUGUACGCGGCCAUUACGGAAUCGGAAGGCGUUCGGUGGGCGGUGGCGGUGAUGGACGCUCCCUUCAUCGACCGGGUCAACAUCCUGCAGGCCACCCUGAGGGGCAUGGCGGCCGCCGCCACCGCCCUSGCGGUCGAUAACGGGGAUGCGAUAGUGCUCGGGGAGGACUUGACGAUACCGAUCGUUCCCGGGGCGAGCAUCGAGCAGAAGGGGUGCUACGUGGUCACGAACGGCAGCAGCAGCACCAGCACCAAAAACAACGACAAGGAUGCUCCCGCUCCCGCUGCCGCCGCGAGCGCCGAGGACUACUAUGCACUCAUCGACGGCAACCGGGUUCCGCCCGACAUGCCCUGCGAAUCCACUUCCAUCGUCAAGGGAGACGGCAGGGAGUACUGCAUCGCCGCCGCGUCGAUCCUCGCCAAGGUCACGCGGGACCGGCUCAUGAGGGGCUACCACGAACUGUGGCCCCACUACGGGCUGGAGCAACACAAGGGGUACCCCACSGCCGCCCACAUGCGGGCCGUSAAAACACACGGGGCCUCUCCGAUCCACAGGAGGACCUUUCGKCCCCUGAARGACAUGGCCUUUGACGAGGACGGAAACAUUGUUGCCGAUUGAAGCAAGCCGGGMCGGACAAAAAAGAAAAAGCCAUUCUGGAAAAUACUACCGCACGCUAUUCCAUGCCAUGCAGACAAUCUUCCUUUCUAUGAUUGUGUUGUGAUUGUUUUAUUUGAUUUCACAAUGUGGCAUGCAAUGAGUUACAGAAUUGUAGUAUUUUGUUUUUGUGAAGAAUCAUAUUCAUUGUACACAAAGCAACAAACCGCAAAAUGUACCCAUACAUGCAUUACGUAAAAAAGAGUACGUAUGUACCGUACCACCAGUAGAUAUGUACGUACCAUGUACAGUAUCUCCGUCAGGGGUCAUAAAUGUAGAAUGACCCC